GCAAGGUGACCAUAUAUUGGUGUGGUAAACAAAGUGAAAGAGUCAAAACAGGGUCAUUAACUUAAUAUUCCUAUUAUUGAUGAUUGAUAAGCUGACAGUGUUAGGUCGGCUAGAUACACUAAAACAGUUAUUGCCAAAUCGACAAGCGUUAAAAACAAGACUUUGAUGAAGAUAGGGAGUUACUAAAUACUAUCGAAACGAUUGGAAGGAUGAUCAAAUACAUUGCAUAAAUGUACCAGAUUAUUGCGAACGUAUCGUUUAUUUGACAGCGGCUUUUACAAAGUCCGUCCAUUACUUGAACAACGUAAUCAGCUGUAAGCAUGACGUUGAAUGAUACAGAAGUGCAACGUCAGAUUCGCCACAUGAUGGCCUUUAUAGACCAGGAAGCUCGAGAAAAGGUGGAGGAGAUAGAUGCCAAAGCCGAAGAAGAGUUCCAAAUAGAAAAGUCCCGUUUAGUACAAAAUCAGCGGCUCAAAAUAAUGGAGUACUACUCAAAAAAGGAAAAACAGAUAGAACUGACCAAGAAAAUUCAGGAUUCCAACUUAAAAAAUCAGUCUCGUCUUAAGGUUUUGCAGAGCAGAGAAAAUCACAUUGAAAUGUUGCUUAAGGAAGCCCGGGAACGUUUACGGAUGGUUACCAGAGAUCGGGAUGUUUAUCAGAAGUGCCUUUCAGGACUUGUCUUAGAGUGGCCAGUCUGAUCUUCAUUUCUGCAUUUUUGACAAAUCUCUAAACUUGUUUUCUGGUGAAUAAAAUUUAAGGUCUUCCAUGCUUGUGGAAAGUCAUAUUCAUGAAGUCACUUUAUACAAAAAGCAGUCCAGUAUAAAAUCCAGAUAAACAGACAUGACAUAUGUCCUUAUUUGUCUUUGGUUAGCACGAAUUACACGUCAUUUGUUAAACUGCCACGAUGUUUAAAACCUUGUAAUCUGUCGGUAAUUUAGUUGUUUCGAUCAUUCUCGAGCUCAGGUGCACGGAUUACUGUAUAAAACCGAAAGUAGGCAAUCGUAUUAAACUAAGUAUUGGAAGCGGUUAGAAACUCUGUACAUGAUUAAAGAAUAAAAGGUAUGAAAUAGUAGUAAGUUGGUGAUCAAGUUCAUUGUAAUCCUUUGUUUGCCUAGCAGUGCUCAAGUAGAUUUUUUGGUGCAACCAUUAUUACCACUCGUGAUAAAAGAUCACCAACAUACACUCUUUAUUUCUUGUAACUUCCUUUACUUGUAUGUUAUCCCUAGUUAGGGUCACAUAUUGUGCCUCACUGACAAUAAUGGUAAGGAAAUAAUAAUCAGUCUUCUUUCAUUCUCGGGCUUCAACAGUUUUUGAAGAACAUUAAAGAAUGAUUGAAUAAGUAUAUCAACAAUCUUCAAAUUUGAAUUGAUUUAAUUUAUAAACCAACAUAAAUAAUGCUAAUUACGUCACAAUUUUUGCACUUGGUCUUACGUGGUAUUUCUAAUAACGUUAUUAAUGUCAGCAAAUAUUGCACGACAUGAAUACUGAGUACACUAGUCAAUUUUUUUACUAAGCUGUGUUAAUAUACUCGAAAGGGUUCUAUUUAAUGUUAAAAUACCAAACAUUACAAUAGUAUACUGCACUCAAAAUCGUUUUCUCAUUUUACAAAUUUUUCCAGGGACUUUUCCAGUUACUGGAACCAGAAGUUAUUAUCAGAUGCCGUCAGGUUGACCGUGAUUUAACUCAAGUACGUCCUCAUUCUUCUAACUGUAUUGUCUUGUUUUGUGUUGUCAACCCAUUCCACAGUGUACAUUCUCCAUAAUAGAAAAUGUGAAAAUUCCAAUUUCAAUUUUAGUAUAAAUAUGAAUAACGGUUGCUAGUAUGUUUAGCAUCUUAAUUGCUGUCUACUUUGGUGAUAGGUUAACGCUACAAAAUGUGUCUUAAUUGAUAUAUGAAUUGUGAUCAUCAUUGAGUACUAGAAAAAAUGUUGGUAAUUAAGAAGUUGAAUGUGGUAUCACCAGUUAUUUUACAACGAAAAUCAUUCUGGAGUUGGACCUCAAGUUAUGCCAAAGUUGUGAAGAUACCCUUAGAUGUGUACAAAUAUCUGAAGUUGUUUAUAUUAACUAGAAUGUUCUACCAGAAUGUGUUGCCGCCUAUCGAAAGCAGACGGGUACUGAUUGCAGAGUCACAAUCGAUAACAACUACUUACCUGAUAGCCUAGCUGGCGGAAUUGAAGUUUACAAUAAAGAUGGGCGUAUUAAAGUAGUAAACACGUUGGAAAGUCGUUUAGAUCAAAUUAGUGAACAUUUAAUGCCACAACUACGUGAAAUUUUAUUCGGAGUAAAUGAAGGUCGAAAAUUCCGCAAUUAAUUGAAUGAUUAAUCCAAUUGUCUAUUUCCGUUAACGACAACAUCUAGCAUAAUAAAUAUUUAUCUUUAUUUCCUUUUAGUAUCUGUUUAUUACACUAAAUACUUGAUUUAUUAUUAUUAUUACCGUUUGUUAUAUUAUUGCAUGUAUGGAAUUUGAAACAUUUAAUUUCAAUCUUACCAUAAAUACUACUAUAUGAUUUUAAGUUUACUCUUCAACUUAAAUCCAUUCUGUAAACCUUUUUCGUUAAAUCAAAUAAAAUGUCGGUAAAUGGUGUUUGUGAUGUAAUAAGGUCUUAAUCGCUAUAAGGUGUAAUUUAUGGCAAUUGUUAUUACAAAAAAUUAAGUUAUAAAUUAUAUUUAACUUAAAAA